UCAAGAAUUCAAAAUCAUGAAACCUUCAACAGACGGAACCGAGAACGAAAUGACAAUGAACCUGCUCUACAAAUUCUCUUCAAAAUCCAUGAACCCUGAAACCCCCCAAGACCUCCAAAAUCUACAUUUCUCCAAACUCCCCUCAAAGUAAGGCCACCCCCAGUCUCCUCAAGUUCAACUUGGAAGCAAUCCUGGCUAUUUUUACCAUUGCUUUAUCGGUUCUUCCAGAGAUCUUUAAUAUGGCUAUGGUUAGUAAUUAUGGGUCUGUGGUUCAAGUAGCGGGUAUUGGUCUUGGCGUGAUGUUCAUCAAUAUGUUCAUAUUUGGAGCAUUUGAAGGUCUCAACGGAGCUAUAGACACUUUGGUUUCCCAAUAUUAUGGAGUAAGGGAUUAUGGUGGCUGAAACCUGACCCUAAACAGAGCGAGGAUGAUUAAUUCGUUCAUGUUCAUUCCUUGCGCUAUUAUGUUGGCAUUAUCAAAGGAGAUAUUGGUCUUUCUUGAUCAAGAUUCAGAAGUUGCAAUCGUUGCUCAGAAGUUCCUCGUCUUUCAAAUUCCAGGGUUAUUCGUCUUUAUUCAAUUUGAUACUUUAAGAAGAUACCUACAAGCAAUGGGUCAUUUUUAACUUGAUUCUAAAAGGAGAGCUGGUCUCUGUGGGGUUCCACGUUGUUGCCAUCUCUCUCACACUUAACUUUAUCGAAGGUGACCCCGUUAUAAUCUGAGCCUUGAUUUGCAACAUCACUAUGUUCCUCAGUUAUGUUUGUGUCUGAUAUUUUGCCAAAGAUAUUCUUGAUGAAGUUAAUGAACUGCCUGUUACAGAAGGUGCUUUUGAUCAAUGGUGGGCCUAUCUGGGUCUAGCUCUUCCCUGUGCGUUCAUUAUCUGCUCUGAGUGGUGGAUGUAUGAGUUCUUGACCAUUCUCACAGGAUGGAUUGGCGUAAGGGAGCUAGCUACUAUAGUCAUCAUUUUCAAUACCCAUACAUUUGUUUAUGAUUUCUCUUAUGGGCUAUCUCAAGCGACAAGCUCUGUGAUUGGAAGAACUCUUGCCGAAUGUGGUAAAGAAGAAGCCAAAAGGAUUCUAGCUUAUAUUGGAUUAAUAGAGUUUAUCAUGUGCAUCCUGAUGACGACCAUAUAUCUUCUAUUUUCAACAGAGAUUAUAAGAAUAUUUUCAAAUGAAGAAGAUAUAGUAAUGAUGUACACAGAUAGCUUAUUUUACAUCAUUAUCAUGUUUAUAUUUGAUUCUCUUCAAAUUGUCAUUGGAGGAGUCAUCAGAGGAAUAGGCGAACAAGGAGAAUCCUCUAUUGUCAGUUUCAUUUCAUAUGGACUAAUAACUCUGCCUGCUGCCAUUAUACUCGCCUUUCCACUCGAGAUGGGCAUGAAAGGAAUCAUCUCAGGCUACAUCCUAGGAGUCAUUGGAAACACAGUCAUGAAUGCUUACGUAUUGUUCAAAUCUGACUGGGAACUAAAGAUUGAAGAUUCUGAAGAUCUUGGUUUUGUCGAAAUCUAGGCUAUUAUUUCAUUCGAUUAUGAAUUCUGUAGGUUCUCUAUUCAAUU